UGGAACUUGGUAUGGAUAUGCUUCAUUCUUUUUGUCAAAGCCAAUAUUCUUGGCCUGCUCAGUGUACAUGGCGGAGCUGUAGUUGGAGAUACACGUGAGGGAUGCUCUGUUGAAGCCCAUUCACUAUUUACUUGUCGGAAGUCGGAACUUUACAUUGCUUUAGCGUCGUAUGCAUCUUCUGUACAUGUUUGGUCUUCUUUCUUGUGUGCUUGCUGCCAAUUUCGCUACUGUAUUUCUAGGAUUCUUCCACAACUUUCCUCGGUGCUUUGGACUAGAUGGGCCAAAUUUACAUGAGCCUGAGCCCAAGCUCUUGUUGGGCUGAACCUUGUUGGGCUCAUCCUCAUCACUCUUCACUCGCCACUCACCAUCAGGCAUCAGCCGAUGUUGUGGUUUGUGGACUUUCUGGUUUACACUUUGCUGGAGUGCGACUUCUGUACUGAUUUCAACCAUCAAGAACCAUGCAACUAUUACUUGGGAGGCAGAAACAACAGAUGUACUAGUUAUAGGGACGAAAGAAUUGAAGAAGAUAAGGCUAUAUGGAGAACGGGGAAUCCAAGAGAUGGGGUUUCGUAGCGAACCAGGGGCUCAACGUAGCAUCCACUUUCUCCAUCAGAGGAACUCUGAAGAUGCUCAUGGAUGCUGCUGCAGGUCAGAGAUCGAUUAUUCAUCUCGGUCAAGGAGAUCCUUCUGUCUUUCCGUGUUUUCGGACUUCUCAGAUUGCCGAAGAUGCGGUUGCUGAUGCUCUUCGCUCCGCCAAGUUUAAUUCUUACGCUCCCCCGCUUGGCAUUCUCCCGGCGAGAAGAGCUAUUGCUGAAUAUCUUUCAAAUGAUCUUCCAUACAAGUUAUCGCCGGAUGAUGUUUUCCUCACUCCUGGUUGUAAACAAUCUAUUGACGUUGUUGUGAGUGUUCUUGCUCGCCCCGGCGCAAAUGUUUUGCUUCCAAGACCAGGCUUCCCGCAUUAUGAAGCUUGUGCAGCUCUUAACCAUCUUGAAGUUCGGCAUUUUGAUCUUCUCCCUGAAAAAGGUUGGGAGGUUGAUCUUGACGCAGUUGAAGCUCUUGCAGACGAGAACUCCGUUGCCUUGGUUAUUGUUAACCCGGGAAAUCCAUGUGGAAAUGUUUUCAAUUAUCAGCACUUGGAGAAGAUUGCUGAGACUGCAAGAAGGCUUGGAAUUCUGGUAAUUGCGGAUGAAGUCUAUGGCCAUCUUACUUUUGGAAGCAACCCAUUUGUGCCGAUGGGAGUUUUUGGGUCGACAAUUCCCGUCCUUACAUUUGGUUCCUUGUCAAAGAGGUGGAUGGUUCCUGGGUGGAGGCUUGGUUGGAUUGUGACAAGUGAUCCCAACGGGAUUCUUAAGAAAACCAAGAUUGUUGAUUGCCUUCAGGGAUAUCUCAAUAUCUACCCUGAUCCUGUAACUUUUAUUCAGGGUGCAGUUCCUCGUAUCCUUGGAAAUACUAAAGAUGAUUUCUUUAAGAAGAUCAUUGAUAUGUUUACGCAAGCUUCAGAAAUUUGUUAUGAGAGCAUAAAGUCGAUUGACUGCAUUACUUGCCCAGUUAAACCAGAGGGUUCCAUGUUUAUAAUGGUGAAGCUGAACAUAUCACUUCUAGAAGACAUUAAAGAUGAUACGGACUUCUGUUUAAAGCUAGCCAAAGAGGAAUCUGUGAUUGUUCUGCCAGGAAUUUCGGUGGGACUGAAAAACUGGCUCCGCAUAACUUUUGCAAUGGAGCUGUCUUCUCUUAAAGAUGCCAUGGAGAGGGUAAGGUCCUUCUGCCAGAGGCAUGCCAAACAACAGUAGUGGUGCAGAGAAUCUACUUGUCCAGGUAGAGAAAACAAUGACUAUUGCAAUGGAGAAGUCAACUGCUUGUUGGUUUCCGUUCUCCAUUUACAGUUCUGCUUUUUGUUAUUUGCUUAUUAUUCUUUGCUUUCUUUGAAAAGUUAAGACUUAAAAAGAGGGAAUGCUAUUUCAAUGUUGGUUGGGAAUAUGACAUCCUAAGAAAAAUGAAACUUCUGUCAAAAGUCAAAACUGUUAAGUCUGUUAUUGAAGUUGACAAGUAUACUGAUGAAUCA